AUGGCAAUACAAAAUGAGGAGUUCGACGACAGUGAUCUUCUAACAUUCCGAUUGCCGGUCAACUACCUACCUGGGCAAGACAUCGUGAGCAAACGAGUUCUUAACGAUCAGCGUAUCAUCGACGUUAUCGCAAAGUCGUUGCUAUGUGUACCUGAUGGCACCUACACUACGGCUCUCAAUCAACUGCGGAAUGGAACGUGUUGCGAUGUAUUGUACUUACCUUCUGUGGCUCAGCGGAAGUCUCUCCCACCUAUCCUUAUCGAGGUGCAAAGGACCGUGAAUGAAGCCUUCAUGCGACGUUUGAUCAUGUACUCUCUUUCGAUAUCAUCUACCUAUGAGGAUUCGCCUUUGCCUAUUGCCUUGAUCUUCGUUGUGGACAAGGUGGUACCAAAGACAUUGUUUGCCAAGUUUAAUCCGGUGCCUGAUAUGCCACAAGUGAUGUCUUUUCCUUGCGUUUCAUGGGCGAAGGAAUGCUAUCUUGUAUCCAAUCGACCCUGUGAUUCCGAAGAUCUUCCAGACGACCCAUUGUAUGCAUUAUCAUUGUUUUUCUCUGAGCAGCGAUCGGGACUUUAUGAGCAUUCACAUCCAAGCAACAGCAUAAUCAAGCUAUCAUAUCAGAUUGCAAAAGAAGGAUCCAGUGAAACACGUAUAUACCAGGAUGAUCAUCUCUCGCAGGUGGAAACCAUUUGCACAAUCAAUGAAAGGAUACUCCAAGAAGCCAAAGAUGAAGUAGACCGUGUACCUGAAACACGACGUGCAUCGCGAAUCCUCAGCCGUGGAAUACAAUACAAUGCAAAGGUGAAGAGAAGACUUGUUUUGGAGGAAACCGAUUCCGAUUCAUCACUUGAUCCUCCUCCUCCAAAGACCAAACACAAACCUCAUCACUCAUCACCAUCAACUACUACUACUACUCUGGAAGAUGAAAUCGCAUUUAUCAAGGAGUUGAAAAAGAAUCGCGUUGGAAGGUUAAGCUGGGCCAACAUUUUGCAACAAGGCCAUGCUCGGGGUAUGUUUAAACGUUACUCUACGGGUGAUAGCUUGCGUACAAAUUUUGGAAAGCAUGUUUAA